ACAAAGUAAUCCACCAUUUUGGGGCAGCUGAUGUUUUCGUGAGAUACAGUAAAAUUUGCAAAUUUUGUAAAUUAAAUCUCAAAAUGGGUGCAUCUAUUGUCCCUAUAAUUGUAUUUACUGUCCUUUGGGGUGUGGUCGGCAUUGUGUGCCCUUUCUUUGCUCCCAAAGGUCCGAACAGAGGAAUUAUUCAAGUGGUGUUAAUGCUUACGGCUGCUACAUGCUGGUUAUUCUGGCUGUGUGCGUAUAUGGCACAAAUGAACCCCCUCGUUGGACCCAGACUGAACAAUGAGACACUUAUCUGGAUUUCCUACACUUGGGGCAACCCUAUCAACAAAACAAAGGUGUAAAUGACCUCUGAGACGUCACCGUAAUCGUUAUAUAAGUAAUUUAUUGAGAGUUUGUUACUCUAAAAAUAAAUGAAUCAAUAAUUUUAAGUGAAACAAACAUAGGUAGAAACUAAAUUACACAAACAACUUAUUAUAUUAUAAAAUAAAAAAAUGCUGACUUUAUAGUAUUGUUUUUUGGUAAAUUUAAUCCAUAAUGGCGAUUCCCCGCGUAGAUAUAUUCAUGGACUAUACUUCGUUGCUAUGGUUACACGAUGCGUCUCACUCCCGCGUCUCAAUUGAGACCCCAUAAUGUACGCGCAGUCGCCAUUUUGGUAAUUUACUUACCACGCAUUACGUAUAUAAAGAGCAUUUAUUCAGUCAGAUUUAAUUGGCGUAUAUAUAAUAUAUAUGUAAUAAAACAAUUAAAAGAGUCUUGUUUUGUGACUCCAGUUUUUUUUAUAAACAUUCGAUUUGAUUGUAUGAUAACUAUUUCCUAAUUGUGCUUUUAUUAACUUGUUUGAAAAUACAAAAUAACUAUAUGUCAUUCCAUUAGUCGUCUGUGAAAAGUAUGAAAUUCUAUAACGUAUUGUAAAAAUGUAUGAAAUUGUAGAUACUAUUUUAUUUCAAUAAAUUUAUGUGAGUU